GCAUCGUAUCUGCCUCUCUUUGAUACCCCUUGACCUCGGAGGGUUGUUUAUUUUUCGUGGUCUCGACUGGCGUUUCCACCGGCUGUUGCUUUUUGUCUCCUAUUUAUUCUUUACCUCCAGUGCCUCACCAUGACCAUGGUAGAACCGGAAGAGUGGGGGAAUGCCCCUGACGGCUCAGCCUUGCCCUGGAUUCUCGACCAUGUCCUGCGUUACCCUGGAUCUUACGAACUCCCGCUGCGGACUAUGUAUUCACUGAACUGCAAUCCCACCUCGCAAUCGCAUUCCCAGCCUGGUAGUACAUACCCAGAGACCGCAUUCACGGCCCGAUCGUCCAUGAACUCGACUAAGUCCUCGACCUCGACCUCAUCUCAGGGGGAUGCGGCCGCCCAGUUCAAGGCCCAGUUGGUCAGCCAAAUCUCCCGUUUGCCCUCACAGCCAUGCUCGCUGCCCCCAAGCUUUGUGACGUCGUUCCUGCGCCGCUGCUUUGCGCUACAGAUCGAAGAAGUUGAUUUUCCCCAAGCGCUUACCGGCCUGGACUAUCUGAAGGACCUGGAGAACCGCCGUAGGAAGGAUGUCGUGUCUGCCCUGCAGCGUUUGGGGAUCCAGCGUGACGACCUUGACCAAAAGGCCGAGCUUGGCAAGCAGUAUCCGGGUGUCCUGUCCUGGAUAGAAGCCAUUGAGGAUAAAGAGAAGAAGAUCGAGGCUCUCUACACCCAGGUUUACGUUGGACUGCGUCGAUGGACUCUUAUCAAUGAGAUGCUGCUGGAACCGUACAACAAAGCCAAUUGUAUCGCCAUGCUCAACACCCUGUUCCCGCCGGUCACAGAGGCCACGGUCGCACCUACAGUGCAGCUGACCCCCCACAUUUUGAAAUCCCAGCGAGACGGGUUCUUUCGCUACAUCACUUCUAUCGACACCAACGGCAAGCAGAUCCUGGACAAAGUUAUCAUGCAGGGAGCACGCGAAGGGGAUGAAAAUGGCUGGCCUUUGGUCCGGGAGGCACUCGACAAGUAUCUGCGCGCUGCAAACGAGAUCAUUGACGAAUGCACUACUGUCAACGACCCCAAUAGCGUCACAGCUGACCCUGAGAUCCAGAAGGGAGACCGGAAGGGCCGCAAAGUCGAUUCGGGAAUCAGCUUUGGAUCCUCAGAGAGACUGGCUUGCAUGAGCAGCAAUAACAGCAGCAGUAUCGACAUCCACGACAAGCCUCUUCCUCCUUCACCCACCCGCUCCAAAACCGGUUCUGCGUUAGAACGGCUCGCGCGAGAGAUCCGCAAGCUCGGCGAUGCCGGCAAGGUGAAGAACCAUUCAGACGAAGUGUCCUAUUUUGAUGUCGACGAGCAGAAGCGCAAACGCUUAAUCUGGGAGGCGACCAACCGGAAGAAGAACCACACGAAGCAGUCCAGUCAACAUUCCCGGUGAAGCUGGAUCUCACCUUUUGACUUGACUGUGUUUCCUGACACAUCAUUUGAAGAAAAAAAAAAGAAAAGAAAAAAAAAAACUUGUAACGUCUUGACGACUACAUUCCAGGACUUUCCUCGGAGUUGGCAACCAACUUGAAUCCGAGUCCAAGGGGGGGUCCUGUCCAUUUAUUCCUCCUGUACCCUUUUGUCAAAGUAUUUCCCUUGUUUGAACACUGGCGGCGACUGUUGGAUUGGCGUUUUUCAGCGCAUUUGUCUUUUUUUUUUCCCUUUGAAUUUGGGGAGUCACUGGCGUCGAAAAGAAUGAUUGAUUUCCCACGAGAAUACAGAAAGCCUGGAGCAUCUACACACACAUUACUACCUUAUGAUUCCUAUGUUAUGAUGAGAGAGAGAAAAGGCUUGUGUCUAGCAUAUACUACUACCUGAAAGAGGAGUUUUUCUUUGUUCAUAAAGACUCCAUAUAGAGAGUAAUCCUUAGUGGUGUUUAUCGGAGGUUCUUC